AUGGUUUGUUCCUCAUAAAUCCAACCAAGGCAGGCCAUACCACAAUUCAUUACUAACCAAACUCCCUGCAAAAAUCUCAGUUACUUGUUAGAGAUGACAUUGUGUUGGUGUAUUUGGUGGCCUGGUAAAUGCCCACCGCCUGCUAAUAAUACUAAUCCCCCAACGCCUGCUGAAUAUAUUUAUCCCCCACCCCUUUAUUACUCACCGCCUCCACCUGAUAAUGGUCCAGUGAAUAUAAAGGAUGAGAAUAGGGAUAAUCAAUGGGACAGCGAUUUGCUUUUGGUGAGCAUAGCGUGUAUCUGUGCUGCUUUUUUACUUAUCGUUACUGUUUAUUACCUGUAUGCCCGGUGGCAUGACAACCGGCUGACACAGAGAGAGGUGGAGCGCCGCCGUCUGCGGAGGCUCGGGAUUUCACGUGUCCGUAGAGCGUCAGAAGAUCGGAUUCUGGCGUCGCCGAGAGAGGGGCUUCGAAGAUCUAUGGUGGAUGCUCUACCGGUUUUUGUCUAUCAGCCGGAAAAUUUUACCGACGGCUUACGCUGCGCCGUUUGCCUUUGUGAAUUCCAGGAGAAGGAGAAGUCAAGGCAGCUGCCCAGCUGCAAACAUAGUUUUCACGUGGAUUGUAUUGAUAUGUGGUUUUAUUCUCAUUCAACAUGUCCUCUUUGCAGGGCCAGAGUCGAUGCUCAGCCUGUACAAAUGGAAAUGUCAGUUAUAGAAGAAGAAGAAGAAACGGAUGACAAGGUGUCGAUGAGCAGUAUGAACGGUUCAGAUGUAGAAGAACAACAUAUUCAACGUAUUGAGAAGAAGAAUGGUGAUUGUUGUGAGGAAGAGGAGGAGAGUGGAGCACAUGCUGUCAUUGACAUGCCCACCACUGAAAACUAAGCUCCGUAUCUCACAUUUAAGCCCUUUGCUACAUUAUAUCAGAUUGCGAUAGUUUAUUAAAUCAAUUAAAAAGUUACACUAUUCACCAAAAGAAAAAAGGGGAAAAAAAGGGAUACGGAAUCACCCCUCAUAAUCAUGUGAUUACGGAUUUUUUUUAUUUUAAUGCUAUGGUUUACCAUUAGAGUGAUGUGAUUACGGAUUUUAGGAGGGCCUCUUUGUGUGUUUCUAAAUAAAAAGGAUGGA